UCCUUCCUUUCUUGUUUCCUGCCUUUUUUUUUCGUUAUCCUUUAUUGAUUGAUUCUUGAUUGCAUUUGUGAGUCCGCUUAGCUCUCGUAUUCAUUCUACAGCUGCUUGGUUAAUCUUUUCGAGGUCCCUCUGUUUUUAUUUUUUAUCUUGAUGCCGAAGCGAAGGGUUCUUGAUUUUGGUUAGCAGAGUAGAGUUACAGCCAGCCGCCAGGCAGGGUUUAGCUCCUUUUGACUUUUUGUGUAGCCCCCUUCCCCUUUUAAGUUCGAUCCUAGCAUCGGCAAGUGUGUUUGCUGUAUUCUUUUUUACCAGAAAAAGUGUGGGUGAUGUUGAAAUGCGAUGGAAAGCGAGGUCCCGUUCUCGUACAGACAAUCUUUGGAGGCGUGAUCGAUGGCUCCCGAUGUUUUUCCUUCAGCAUUCUUUGAGAUUUUGGAGAAACGCCAUGGAAGGAAGUAUUGUUCGUCUAUGCAUUCCAUACUUAGCUAGAACAAGUGGUUGAAUUUUGGCUACCCAAUACCAAUUCCUGGUGCCGCUUUUUUGGACCUUUUGUUUCUGCUUUUCUCUUUCAUAAGAAAGUACAUGAUGCCUUUGCCCAACUUCGUUUUCACUGCCGACUACCAAAAUCGUAGUGUAGGUCCUACCUUAUUCUCCGAGAUGAGACAAUCAUUACAAGCAGUGGCCAUGUGGAUUUAUGCCAAAUCCUGUGUUUAAAGAGAGAAUUUGUGCCAUCCUUCACCUUCAAGGCCCUGAUUUCUUGAAUUGUCAAGUCGACAUUGCCUUUAGACAGCCUGAGCCUGGGCUUUUGCCGAUUCCUCUUACCUGUUUAUUUCUAUAUCAGAAUAUCAGAUGCGCCAUUCAAAUGGAUCGUAUUCUUCGUACAGCUGAUUGGUGGUGUCUGCCUAUUCUGUCAUCUUUCAGAGACACUAAAUUCAGGCUGCUUUGUUUGCGUGGCUCUCCUUGCAAUCUUUCAGAAUCUAUUCCUGAAGAAUACCAAGCUGCUCCACAACUAGCUGCUUGUUCACAUAUGUGCUCUUGACCAUAGAUCGCCCCAUCCAUUAUGAGUCUAUGAAUUGGUAGCACAUUGACAGGUUAUUAGACUCGAAGAUCAUGUUCUCUGACUUGGUGCCUCUCGGUUUUAAGGUCGCAGCUUGUCCUACCUGGUGUAGCUUAGCAACCUGUUCAGCAAAAUGAGGCCUUCAGAUGACAGGGCGCAGCUCUCAGGCUUUGAACAAUCAGAAGAAUCAACACUUGAUGUGGAGGGGCAUUGCUACCACCAACAGUCAUUCCCUUGUUCUCCAUCAAUGCAACCAAUUGCUUCUGGGUGCACACACACAGAGAAUAGUGCGGCAUACUUCUUAUGGCCGACAUCAAACCUACAGCAUUGUGCGGCUGAGGGGCGCGCAAACUACUUUGGCAACCUUUCAAAAGGACUCCUUCCCAAGUCUGGCAAGUUGCCAAAGGGCCAGCAAGCAAAUAGCUUGCUUGACUUGAUGACUAUAAGAGCUUUCCAUAGCAAGAUAUUACGCUGUUUUAGCCUUGGGACGGCAGUGGGAUUUCGCAUCAGGAAAGGGGUUCUGACAGAUAUCCCUGCUAUUCUUGUCUUUGUUGCUCGCAAGGUUCACAAGAAAUGGCUUAAUCCGACCCAAUGCCUUCCUGCAAUCGUUGAGGGUCCAGGAGGUGUUUGGUGUGAUGUUGAUGUUGUUGAAUUCUCGUACUAUGGCGCACCAGCUCAAACUCCAAAAGAGCAAAUGUUCACUGAGCUUGUUGAUAAGUUGUGUGGCAGUGAUGAAUGUAUCGGUUCAGGAUCUCAGGUUGCAAGCCAGGACACUUUUGGAACUUUGGGUGCCAUUGUAAAACGGCGAACUGGCAACAAGCAGAUAGGUUUCCUAACCAACCGGCAUGUUGCGGUUGACUUGGACUACCCAAACCAGAAGAUGUAUCACCCACUGCCACCCAACCUUGGGCCUGGUGUUUAUCUUGGAGCUGUUGAAAGGGCAACAUCUUUCAUCACAGAUGAUGUUUGGUAUGGAAUUUAUGCUGGAACAAACCCAGAGACAUUUGUACGGGCUGACGGGGCAUUCAUCCCAUUUGCUCAUGACUUUGACAUCAAGACUGUCACAACUACAGUUAGGGGUGUUGGUGACAUUGGGGAUGUUAAAGUUAUAGAUCUGCAGUGCCCGCUUAAUAGCCUCAUAGGUAGGCAAGUAUGCAAAAUUGGCAGAAGUUCUGGUCACACAACUGGAACUGUGAUGGCUUAUUCCCUUGAAUACAAUGAUGAGAAAGGAAUAAGCUUCUUCACUGACCUCCUUGUUGUCGGUGAGAAUCGCCAAACAUUUGAUUUGGAAGGUGAUAGUGGAAGCCUUAUUAUCCUGACCGGCCAGGAUGAUGAGAAGCCACGUCCUAUUGGGAUAAUAUGGGGUGGCACAGCAAACCGUGGGAGGCUAAAGCUUACAUGUGACCAUGGCCCUGAAAAUUGGACCAGCGGAGUUGAUCUUGGCCGCCUUCUGGACCGUCUUGAACUUGAUCUUAUCAUAACCAAUGAAUCACUCCAAGAUGCCGUGCAGCAGCAAAGGCUUGCGAUGGUGGCUGCAGCUAACUCUGUCGUUGGGGAGUCUUCCAUAGUAGCCCCUCCCGUCCCAGAAGAAAAGGUUGAGGAGAUGUUCGAGCCUCUGGGGAUCAAAAUUGAGCAGCUGCCUCGACAAGAAGUUCCGGCCACUGGAACUGAAGGGGAGGAUGCAGCUGUGACCGACGUGGAGGAGCACCAGUUCAUCUCAAACUUCGUCGGUAUGUCCCCUGUGCGCCAAGACCAGGACGCUCCGAGGCAAAUCGCCAACCUGAACAACCCAUCAGAGGAAGAACUGGCCAUGUCGCUGCACCUAGGUGACCGGGAGCCCAAGCGGCUGCGCACCGACACAGAAGCCGACCUUGACCUGGAGAAGUGAGGUGCUCAGUUCAGCGUCGCUACAUUCAGAAAUCAGAUCUAGUCCGAAGAUCUCCUGCGGUUCAGCAAAUUGAACCUGCAGCGUUAGCUUAAACCAGCAUGCUCAUGGCAAAUGCAUUAAGGUGUACCAUGGUGAAACUUGAUUCAGCACUUGUAGGAUUUUAGGUGGUAUCUCUGCAGUUUUGCUGUGCUCAUGAGACUUGAUUUACACAAAUGCUGAAUCCCCUAUCAUGUUAAAACAAUGUAGGGAGCGAUGAAGUGAUAUCUUCAGCACUGUUUUCCUAUCAUUA